AUGGCGGAGAUGGAGCAUUUGGGAAAAGUAAAGGCCCUUCUUUCUGUGGACCCUGAGCCCUUCUUUCACAACUGUGUGAUUGACUUGUGUAUGUCUAAUGGGAAUGAAGAAUUGUUUUGCGGUAGUUUGAGAGAGUAUACUUUUGCAUGCCAGGAGGCAGUAGCUGAGGCCAAAACAUGGAGGGGUGAGAAGUGCUCACUCUCAUGCCCUGAACACUCUCACUAUAAUAUAUGUGUCAGUGCGUGCCCUGAGUCCUGUGGUAUUUUAUCCGAUAUCCCCUGCCCAUGGGCCUGUUACGACGGAUGUCAAUGUGAGUCAGGAUACAUGCAGAGUGGAAAUGGCUGCGUCAAAGCUGAGCAAUGUGGUUGCUUUUACCUUGGGCACUACUAUGAGAUUGGGGAGCUAUCGUGGGAUGAGGGCUGCUCUGAGCGGUGUAACUGCUCUGCCACUGCUACAAUGCGCUGUGAUCCAGCCUCUUGCCCCGAGGGAGAGAGCUGCACCCUUAACAAUACCUGGGGCUGUGCAAGGGAAGAUAAGAUGUGAAAAUGGAGUGAAUUGUGGUGUCCAGAGCCAACCUCUGCAAACCCAGUAUUGGGUACUGGGAGGCGCCCACUUUUAAACUUUUGAUGGAAAGGUCUUUGAAUUCCAAGGAAACUGUACCUACAUGCUGAUCCACAUAUCCAAUGACACCAGUGAGAAUAUAACAUUUUGGGUUGGGGUACAGAAAGACAGGAACUCCAAUUAGUCUUCCUCUCUUAAAGCUAUUCACGUCAAAGUAGUUAAAGACACUAGUAUUACCAUCUACAGAGGGGGAAAAGGCUAUGCUUUGAUAAAUGGCGAGAAAAGGCUACUACCCGUGACUCUACAGUUUGGACUCGUAAAGAUCUAUCAGUGGCAUUUUUGUUUUUGUGGAUUCUAACCUGGGCAUCCAAAUUAAGUAUGAUUGCUCUCAUACUGCCACUAUCCUCCUUUCUACUACAACAGAAGUCCAUGGCAUGUGUGGUAAUAAUAAUGGCAUCAAGGAAGAUGACCUCAGGACCCCCGAGGGUGAGGCUGUUGAUGCUGCCACCUUUUGGCUGGAGAGUUUCUGAUCGGGAAGCUCGGUGCACAGCAGAUUGUGGAGAUGCAUGCCCACUUGCUCUUCUGAGCAGCUGCUGGAGAAAAAUGUAGCCAGUCAAUGGAUCGCCAUGCACGAGUACAUUUGGUCACCACAAAAUCCAUUCUACCUGUGCCUGGAAGUUAACUACACUAAAAUCUCUGCAGCAGUCAGCCUAUUUGACCUUUGCUCUACUGAUGACACUCAGAAGGUCCUCUGCCUGGUCUUGGAAGCCUAUGCUGCCGCCUGUCAAAAUGCCCAGAUCCAGAUCGGAGAGUGGAGAAAUGGCACCUUCUGCCUUUUUCCUCCCAUAUUGUUAAUUCUCAUUCGCUCCAUCAUCUGUUUCCUGCCCACUGAAUGGCCAUUAUAAGUCCUGUGGCUCAGCCUGCCCUGCCACCUGUGAGGACCCAUUCAGCGCAAG